GUGACACUGAGGGGACGUGCCAGCUCGAUGAUAUUUUGGUUUCAGAUCAGAUGCCAGCUCCCGGUCAGAGCAUAUUUUUCAUCGAAACCAUGUACCAUCCGGACGUGAACGACCCGAUCAGAAGGCCAAAACUGGGCCCUCGCCAAGCUUGUGCCAUCGAAUCUGCGGCUCGGCACAAUCCCAAUUUCCAGGUGUUUAUUAUGUUUGUUGGUUCAACCUACAGGCCAACGGGCGGUAGAGAUCCAUUAGCAGAAGUCGUAUCCAGCUACGCUAAUGUGCAUUUUCGAAGUCUAAAUAUCUGGAGCUUCGCUGCCGGAACUCCGCUUGAAUCAUGGCUGGAAAAAGGCGAUAUAUUCACCUCAAAAUAUUUCUUUUCUCAUCUAUCGGAUUUUUUACGUUUUAUGACUCUCUACCGCUUCGGGGGCAUAUACCUCGAUAUGGAUGCAAUUGUGCUUCGAAAUCUGGAGCAUUUGCCAUCAAACUGCGUCGGUGCAGAGGACUUGGGUUCCAUUAACUCUGCCAUAAUAAAAAUUGCCGCAACUUCUACAGGUCAUAAUAUUGCGAAACAAUUUGUAUAUGACUUACGGGAUAAUUUCAAUGGAAGCAUUUGGAUCAAUAACGGGCCGGGUGUGGUAACCCGGGUGACCAAGAAGUUGUGCCAAACCGAUCAAGUUCCACAAAUGUUCCUGAGACUGGCACACUGUUCAGGAAUUAAGGUAUUUAGACCUGAUGCAUUUUAUCCCGUACAUUGGUCAAAGUGGCAGAACUUCUUUGAUUCUGAUAAACUGGAGGAAACAAUGAUCGCCAUAAAGAAUUCGUAUGUUGCACAUUUGUGGAAUAAUUUGUCAAAGAACGAGACUGUAACGACUACCUCGAAAAAUGCGUUCCGGAUGAUCGCAGAAAAGAACUGCCCACGAGUCUACAAUACGUUAGGCGGUGUUUUCUAA